AUGCAGGCGGACGACGUGAUCUGGUCGGUGGUGGGCCACCAGUUCUGCUCGUACAAGGUCAAGUCGGCGACGCACUCGACGUUCUGCCGCAAUGAAUACAACCUGACGGGCCUGUGCAAUCGGCAGUCGUGUCCACUGGCGAACUCGCGGUAUGCGACGGUGCGUGAGCGCGAGGGCAUCCUCUACCUGUACGUCAAGACGCCGGAGCGCGCGCACUCGCCGCGGCGGCAGUGGGAGCGAAUCCGCCUGUCGAAUAGGUAUGCGACGGCGCUUGAGCAGAUCGACAAGGAGCUCGUGUACUGGCCGAACUUUAUCGUGCACAAGGCGAAGCAGCGCCUGACGAAGAUCACCCAGUACCUCAUCAAGAUGCGCAAGCUCCGGCUGAAGGAGGAGGAACAACCUGAGCUGGUCGGCAUCAAGAAGAAGACCGAGCGCCGCGAGGCCACACGCGAGACCAAGGCGCUGCGCGCGGCCAAGCUCGAGAAGUCGAUCGAGAAGGAGCUGCUGGACCGCCUUAAGCGCGGCGCGUAUGGCGACGCACCCCUCAAUGUCAACGAGGAUGUGUGGAAUGCCGUGCUGGAGAACGCGCAGGCGCGCAUCCCCGAUGCGGAUGGGAACGAGCUGGAGCUCGAAGAGGAUCUCACGGACGAGGAGGCCGAGGAGGACAUCGAUGCUAUGGACGCAGAACUCCGCGCGAUGGACGACGACGAGGCGGGCCAGCGCGAGUUUGUCUCGGACGACGAAGAUAGCGAAGACGAUAUCGAGGACUGGGGCUCGGUACGUGCUCGUUGCUUACAUCAGGAUAUGCCCAGCGAAGACGACGACGAGAGUGACGAUGACGAGAGCGACGGCGACGAACAGCCCCCAUCGAAGCGCGGCACCAAGCGCGCCGCUCCUCGACGCCCCGACCCGCGCGGCAAGAAAGGUACGCACAGCGCCCUCACCGCAGGCCGGCCACGUGUGGAGAUGGAAUAUGAGCAGGAAACCGAGCCGCUCACGGCCGAGCAGCUGGCACAGUGGUAG